AUGUCAAUUACGGAGGUGCAAGUCCCAUUUUGCGUCCAAAUAUCGAACGUUGCCAGCGGGACAAUGAGUCUCAGUCCUUGUUCAUUACUAGGUACAAAGAGCACCCAGAAAACUAUCCGGUCCCGGCUGAAGCGCGCACUAAGCAUAGACGUUUCCAAUCUCAAGCUAAGGGCACGGAGUAGCUCGUCGGGUUCAGAGAAGGACAUUGGACACUUUAAGGACACUCCCGUGGAAGCUUUCCUUCAGGAGUCCGGCGUAAUUAUCGUGGACGCCGCACCACCUCUCCAGGCUGCUGAUUUGUGGGAACAGCGCUUUGACAAAUUGGCCACUUCACAACAGCAGCUGUUCAAGUCACAACAGAAGCUGUUCGAGUCACAACAGCAGCUGCGCAAGUCACAACAGCAGCUAUCCGCAGAGGUUGGAGUGCUGAGGGCAGGCGUUAAGUCCUUCUCGGCUAUCUUGAGGUGUAGCUUGGUUGACGACGUGCAUCGGAAGCUUCAGGAGCUGCCGGACGGCCUGGGCUUCCGCCACGAGGAUGAGCUUUGGACGGACUACAUUGAACGAAUCAUAAGCGAGCGCGGAAUUCAGUGGGCUCGCAACAAGGGCCUGUCCUUGAGCUCCAUGGUUUUGCUAGGGAAGGGUUCGGGCUCCCCUUUCCAGGAGGGCUCGGAGGCAGCUCACCGCUUGCGGCUGAUCAACCGCGAAUUAUUUGACAGCUGCUACCUAUCAGACCUUAGCACUGAGGAGAAGGCCCCGUGGCAGGAGUUGUACAAAUUUGUCAAGGAAGUGAGUCCAACGCUGGCGCUGACCAUCCCUAUCAGGCUUCAUCUUGCUAAAAGCAUGCUAGAUAUAGCAAUAAAAUCCCCUAUGGCUAAGUUACUCGGAUGUUACCCUACCCCAAGGGUAAUUGUUACUGAUAAGCAAAUAGUGUAG